ACAUGAGGGAAAGAGAAGACAGUGCUGGAGGCGGUGGCAAUAAAACGGAGAGUUGUCGGCAUUAGGAAAGAACGGCGCUCAGAGUUUGACUGCAGAUGAGGGCAGACUUUGCCUGCCUGCGGUGACCACAGUCACUCUCUCUCAGGUCACACUGCCAGGUGGAACCAGCGAGCGGCACAACCCCGGUACCAGCGGCCGGGGCCGGGGCGGGGUUGGUGGGCCGGGCCAUGGAUCCGAAGCAGCGCCGCGUCCUGCGGAGGUUGCGGCUGGAGCUGGCCGACCAACUGCGAGUGGAGCAGCUGGUGCAGUAUUUGUACCAGGAGCGGGUGGUCAGCCAGAGUUUCCUGGAGGAGCUGGAGGCCGAGCCGGUCAGUGUCCGCCGGACCCUGAAGCUGCUCGACUACCUGCCGGGCCGCGGGCCUCGGGCUUUCGCCGCCUUCAUCGAGUCUUUGAGGGACGAGUUUCCGUGGCUGUGCCGCCGACUGGAGGAGGAGAAGGAGCGGGCGGAGGAUGAGCCCGAGCCGCCGGCGGAUGACGUACAAUCAACCAUUUCGGAAGACAUCUUGAAUAGUGUACCCACCGACAAGCAAUUAAAUCGGCUGUCCGGCCAGCUGGGGGCAGAAUGGGAGAGAGCUGUGGUGGAUCUUGGACUGAAGAGUUCAGACAUUUAUAGAUGUAAAAUGAACCACCAAUACAAUGUGCAGGCACAGAUCUUGUCAGCAUUUCUCCUGUGGAAACAGAGGUUAGGAAAACGUGCCACUGUGCGGAACCUGUGCAGCAGCCUUAUUUCAGCAGAGGUUGAUCAGAUAGUGAUAAACAAUGCAUUUCAGUGAAAAACAAAAGGGCUGGGUUUGACCUACUUCACAGGCUCACCAUCUACCGAACAUAAAAUGCUGGAGGAACUCAGUGGGUCAGCCUGCAUCUGUGGAGGGGAAUAGACAAUCGACAUUUUGGGCUGAGAAGUGUCUUGCCUCAAAAUAUCGACUCUCCAUUUCCUCUAUGAGUCCCUACAGCAGCUCGUCCUUUGCUCAAGAUUCCAGCUCUAGUGUCACCAUCUACAGGACUCGCCCUCCUGCACUUACCUGGGCAAGAAGUGAAGAGUUAGUCAAGCUGACCACAUAGAUAACCAAUAAGAAAAUCCAAUUUCCCCCGGGAUCAAUAAAGUAUGACUAUGACUAUGACAAAGACUAAGAUUAUAGCCUUCUGCCAAUUCAGUCCUUUGGCUCCAUCUCUUGAUAUUCAGAAACAUAUAGAAAUGUAAGAUUAUAAUAUAAAAAUGUUUUUUAAAAUAUUAGAAUAAGGAAGGUGGAUUUCUCUGUGUAAUGUUGGGCUUUGGACUCCCACUGAGUUUGCAUGAGUCAAUGAAGUAUUUAACCAGAGGUGGCAAAAUGCCAUUGGUUUCAUAUGAAAUCAUUGGACAUAGCCAGCCUCAUCGGCCCAUUGACCUUCAAUAUCAUCUAAUCCUGGUCACCUUUCACAACCUGUGAGCGUGUGAAAUAUUUAAACACCAAAAGGCAAUGUCCUUUUUGUAUUUGUUCAAUACAGUGCAACUCUAUGACUUGUCAAAAAAAACCCAGAAAGGGUGUUAUUCUGAGAAAGAAAUGUUGCAGGAUAUGGAUGGAAUCUCUAUAUGGUGUAUUCAAGUGCUGUUCUAAGCAUUUUUGUGAUUUGCAACUGAAAGAACUGGUAAUAAAUAAAGAUCUAUUUUAUUCCA